GCCAUCGACUUGCAAGUUACUCUUCCUCGAAUAGCUGUUCGAUGGACGACGGCGACGCGAGAUUCGCCGACGAGGAUGAGAUCGCCGUCCUCGGCGACGAUCUCCUGUCGGAGAUAAUCGUCAGGCUCCCGUUCAAGUCCGUGGCGCGCUCCCGCUGCGUGUCGAGGAGCUGGCGCGCCGCCGUCUCCGACGACUACCUCCGCCGCAGCCUGCCGCUGCUCAUGGCCGUGGUGUACUUCCCCGACGAUGACGAUACUGUCCGCUGCGGCGGUGGUGGGCCGCGGUUUGCGUGCGCGGGCGAGGACGGCGGCGGCGACGGCGGCCGCCGCCUUGAGGACUGCGACCUCGGGUUCUUGCCGCUCGAGGACGGACGCGACGCCGUGGUCUGCGACGGCUGCAACGGCCUGCUUCUCUGUCGAUCACCCGGCACGCCGGAGUUGCUCGUGGUUGAGCCGGUGACGAGGAGGUGGGUGGCUCUCCCGGCGCCGGCGAAGGAGGCGACGCUGUCCGUGCUGGCGUUCGAUCCGUCCACCUCGCUGGACUACCGCGUGAUCAACUUCACCGGGUGGCGAGACCGCGGCGCGGCGGUGGAGGUGUUCUCGUCGGAGACUUGGACGUGGGCCGUGCACGAACCCGAGUUCGGCGUCCCGGCGAGCUGCCUCUCUGGCUCGAUGCACUACCACGACGGCGUCCUCUACAUCCUCGCCUCCGAGCCAGACUGCCUCGUCUGCCUGGACGUCGCCGACGAGUUCGCCUGCUCAGUUAUCGGCCUCCCCGAGCCGAUGGACGGGGGCGACGGCCGCGUCGCGCACUCCGGCGGCCGGCUGCACUACGUGAGCAGCGACGGCGAGCUGCUCAAGGUCUGGGAGCUCGACGGCGACCCUCCCGCCCCUGCCUCGCGCCAAUGGCGCCUGAAGCAUGCCGUCAAGAUCGAACAUUUCGUGGAGGGAGGAGGCGACGAGGUUAGGUUCUUGGCGCUGCACCCGGAGAACGCGGACGUGGUGUACGCGUGGUCGCCAUGGAAGGUUGUGGAGUGCGAUCUGAGGAGGAGGAGGACGACGACCUGCCAUGUCUGGGAGUUUCGUGAGGGCGAGAGGAAUCGUGUCGUCAAGACGUGGCUGGUGCCGUCGUCGUGCUACCUAUCGGAUUGCUUAGCUCAUUCUCAUGUGAUGAAGUGUUGUUGAUUAAUUAAUCGGUUAAUCUGUUUGAUAUUUUUUUACCAUUUAUUUUUAGUGGUUGCUUGCAAACUGUAAAGAGUGAGUUUCUUACGGCAACGAUGCGUAGCUGGAUGCACUGUGCGUAAUUUUGUGAAUUUGUGUUUACUGAUUGUAGAAGCAGUUGAGAAUUUCAGAAUAAAAUUACUGGAUACAAGG